UUUUGAAAUUUUGUUCAAUCAAAUUCGGCUAUAUGUUUUGCUAAGUUCUUUUCAUCCCAUUCCUAAUCAUGGCUGAUUGCGGAAUUGUUCUUUGAUGUUUUAUACCAACACCUAAAUGUUAGUAACUCUACAACCCAAUCCCUGAUGCUUUCUCCCAGAUUCAAUGCAACCUUCAAAAAAAUUUCCUCCUCCAUUACAUUUCCAUAUACUUUUUCUACUUUCGUCACUUCCAGGCCAAUUUCUUCCCAAACUCAUGCCAUUUUCCCCCAAUCAUCUUCAACAUCACCCCAAUCUCUUGUCAAAAAAAUUUGUCUUCAAGUCUUACAAUCAUAUCACCAACAUACCCACCACAAAUUUUCACCAUUCAAGCUUAAUCUUGACAUAGACAUUGAAUCUCUAUCCAAUGAUCAAGCUAUCACCAUUGUUGCUUCCUUGGCUGAAGAGGGUGGUUCGAUUGUGGCAUUGAGUUUCUUAAAUUGGGCAAUUGGGUUUUCUAGAUUCCGAUAUUUUAUGCGUUUAUACAUUGUUGCUGCCUCUUGUUUGAUUAGUAAUGAGAACUUUGAAAAAACCCAUGAAUUGUUGGUUCUUAUGGUGAGGAAUUUUACUGAGGUUGGAAGGUAUAAAGAGGCUGUUAGCAUGGUUAUUGAAAUGCAUAAUCAGGGAUUAACUCCCAAUACUUAUACUUUGAAUAGCAUUAUCAAGUUUGCUUGUGAAUUGGGUUUGGCUGAGUAUGCAGAGUAUGUGUUCGAUGAAAUGUCUAUGAGAGGUGUGCGGCCGAAUUGUUGUAGUCAUGUCAAUAUGGUUGUGGGUUACUGUAGAAUGAAUAACAUUUCUAAGUUAGAUAAGUGGCUUAAUCGAAUAGUUGAACAGAAGUUUGUUGUUGAUAACGCAACAUGUACACUGGUGAUUUGUACAUUUUGUAGGAUAGGUAACAUAAGCAGGGCAUUGUGGUUCUUUUAUAAGAUGAUGGAAAUGGGAUUUACACCAAAUCUUAUUAAUUUCACAUGUUUGGUUGAUGGGUUAUGCAAGAGGGGUAAUAUUAAGCAAGCGUUCGAGUUGUUAGAAGAAAUGGUUAGCAGAGGUUGGAGACCUAAUGUCUACACACACACAACCUUAAUUGAUGGACUUUGCAAAAAGGGAUGGACUGAAAAGGCAUUUCGGUUAUUUCUUAAGCUUGUUCGAAGCGAUAACUAUAAACCAAAUGAGCGCACUUACACUGCCAUGAUUAAUGGGUAUUGUAAGGAGGGAAAACUGAAUCGAGCAGAGAUGUUACUUGGGAGGAUGAGAGAACAAGGAUUGGUGCCAAAUGUUGAUACCUAUACAACCCUCAUUGAUGGGUAUUGUAAAGCAGGAAAUUUUGAUAGAGCAUAUAGUUUUAUAGAUAUAAUGAUGAAAGAACGAUUAACCCCUAAUAUGUUUACUUACAAUGCCAUUGUAAAUAGUCUCUGUAAGAAAGGAAGGUUUGAGGAAGCUUGUGAUCUUCUUCAAGAGGCUAUAACACUUGGACUUCAACUCGAUAGAGUCACGUACACGAUUCUCAUAUCGUCUUCAUCAAGGUGUGGUGAUCCCAAACAAGCCUUAGCGUGGCUUUGUAAGAUGACGAAACUGGGUUUUAGGCCUGAUAUAUACACAUGUAACACCCUAAUUGCCUUAUUCUGCAGGCAGAAAAGAAUGGAGGACAGCGAGAGGUGGUUCGAAGAGGCUAUUAAACUUGGCCUUGUUCUUACUAAGGAAACCUUCACUUCCAUGAUUUGUGGGUAUUGUAGAGUAAGUGAUAUUAACUCAGCUAUGAGAUUCUUUCAUCAAAUGAAUGAGCAUCAUUGUGUGCCUGAUAGUUUCACGUAUGGUGCUUUAGUGAGUGGGCUAUGCAAGGAAGGCAAACUUGAAGAGGCUCGCAAGAUGUAUGACGCCAUGAUUGACAAAGGGUUGUCACCAAGUGAGGUGACUCGACUUACUAUAUGUUACGAGUACUGCAGAAUUAGUGACACUAGCAAUGCAAUUAAAGCUUUGGAACGGCUGGAGAAUAAGCAAUGGAUCAGGACAGUGAGAACUUUGAUCAGGAAGCUCUGUAGUGAAGGGAAAGCGGAGAUGGCAGCAAUGUUUUUCCGAAAACUUUUGGAUAAACAGCAAAAUGUAGAUCGCAUAACCGUGACAGCAUUCAUGACUGCUUGUUAUGACAGUGGGAAAUAUGAACUUGUUUCUGCCUUCUCUGAGAGGCUUUUCAUGACAGAAACUCCGAAAGAUCAGAAAUAACUUUGAAGUUCAUUGAUAAAUCUAGGGAUUGGAAUGGCUGUCAGGUUGCCAGCAUUAGGAUUAUGUUGAAGACUGAGGUUAUUUUGAUAAAUCUAGCAUUAAAUUCAAGGUCCAAAUUAUUGUGGCAAAAGUGUGAUAAGAUUUGAGGUUUAAACCAAAAAAUUUCAAUCAGAAACAAUUUCUCUGCUGAUUGCAAGGGAAUGAUUCACCCUAUAUCUAUGGCUUUGAGGUCAAAAUUUAGAUCAGUUUGAUGUGUAUGGUUGAGAGAAAUUUGUUCCAUAUCCCUUGGAUAGAGGAAAACCUUUAUAGCAAGAGCUCGAAUGGAGUUGCGAGUGGAACCGGAAAUUACUCGAACCGACCCUUCACAGUCCACAGAUGGCUGAACUUGUCUUGCCAGAUUCAUGAUGCUGCACACUAGGGAUGCUCUGUUGCUUGCUAGUUGUGGCUGAAUAAGGUGAUUUGAUUUAACAUUCUGGAUACAUGGGUUUGGGUUCUAGUUAGGAUUUGGAUGGGUUAUUGUUUCGAAGUCGAGUUGAUUUGUCGUCAAAAGUCAAUCAUAAACAAUCUCUUUAAUAUUAGAAAAGUUGCGUACUUUCAAUGACAUUAUAGUAAAAAUACAAUUUUGUUAUAUGUUACAUUUCUUAUGGCGAUAUUUAGAAUACAAUCUCUGGUUAAAAUUAUAUGUUACACUUGAAUAGAACUACUAUUGUUCUACUUAUUUUUAUGUAUAAGAAAAAACAAAGAAUUCGUCUCAAAGUUAUUCUUUGUAAGUAGUUCUCAUCUAGUAGG